AGUCCGCCGAAUACAGAAGGCAACGUGCGAAGCAGCGGUCUCCGAAAUGGAUAAAUUCAGAACGGUGCUAAAUAUUGCCCAAAACCAACAAACAAGCCUGGGCUUCGGGCUGGUGGCGUUGCUGACUGCGGGUGGAGAGCAGAUUUUUUCGUCGGUUGUGUUCAGGUGUCCUUGCAGCUCCUGGAACUUUGUCUACGGGACCGUGUUUCUGCUGGUGCCUGCACUAGCGCUGCUGGUGUUGGGGUACAUGAUCAGCAAUAAAACUUGGAAAUUGUUCACAGGGUUAUGUAGGCGCAAACCAAACUCGCGUCGUUUGAAAAGCACAUGUGCCUUUUUAAAAGUGUUCCUGCAGAUAACCACCGGCGCGAUGAUCGCUCCAGUUAGCUGGAUAGCAGUUGCGCUUCUCAAUGGCAACUAUUUCGAGUGUGCUAUGACCGGACUCAACGUGACGCUGUUCAAAAAUCAUCUCUGUUUGGGGAGAGCAGCCGAGUGUUCCAAAGAGCUGCACAAGUUUCCUUGCGGAAAGUCCUCCAUCCCGCAGGCUGACAGAGAUGAGGUCUUGGCGAUUGUUCGCUCUGAGUCGCAGGUGCUUGGCUGGUUGCUGAUUGCCUCUAUCACACUGGGGGCCUUGCUGUUGACGUGUGUGGCCAGGUGUCGCUCCCCGGUCAGCUAUGAGCAGCUGAAGUUCUGGCGGGCAUACGCCGGGCAGGAGUGCGACCUGAUGGAGAAGUACAUAGCCCAACAUGCCCAGCAGCUUGCCGAGAGGAACGUGAAGAGCUUCUUCCAGCAGACGCCCCCAGACUCCAUGGUCACCCCUGAAAAGCAGGCCUGGGAGAAGGUGUCGUCCUUCUUCCACUUCAGUAAGAAGAACCACUACUACAGCACCCUCCACAGUUACGUGGAGACGUACCUGGACCCUUCGGACAAACACAGAGCCUCUGUCAGGUCAGACGCGGGGGACACGGCCAACCCUACCGUGCUCAGCUUUGUGGAUGAGGGGAAGAUGAUGCUGUGAGGGAGUACUGUCUGUCAUCAUCAUCAUCAUCAUCAUCAUCAUCAUCAUCACCAUCACCCUCACCAUCAUCAUCACUACCAUCAUCAUCACUGUCCAUGAAUUUCACCUUUCUAGAGCAGAGGCAACCCUGGU